AUGAAGCGCAAGACAGAGACGAGAGAAUCCCUGGAUGCCAAUACCCAGCCGGAAAAGAAACGGGCCCUCUCCAACGAGACAGUGAAGGCGCGGUUUCGCGAUGGCCUGUUCGACCCAGCGGAAUUGGAGAAGUACACUAAGAGCUAUGCGGAGUCUGCACCGUAUAAGCAUGGUGUCAUCUGUCCCCUGAUCGAGCCGACUCUGCUCCGCGGCGUCCGCGACGAAAUCCAAGAGCACCUCUCGUUCACGGAGAAGGAAACGGAUAUUUACAAGAUCUUCCAGUCGGGAGAUCUGGCAAACCUCGAUGGCCUGGAUGAUGGCUCGCUCUCCCGGCUGCCGUCGCUGCUGAAGCUGCGCGAUUCUCUCUACUCGCAGCAGUUCCGCGAGUAUCUCUCGUCGGUGACGGGAUCAGGAAAGCUGAGCGGUCGCAAAACGGACAUGGCCAUCAACGUCUACACUGAAGGCUGCCAUCUGCUCUGCCACGACGACGUCAUUGGUAGCCGACGUGUCAGCUACAUUCUGUACUUGACGGACCCCGACAAGCCCUGGCGUGCGGAGUGGGGAGGUGCGCUCCGUCUAUAUCCCACUACGGAUGUUAAAGAUGAAGAUGGCGAGGACCUCAAGAUCCCCAGCCCAGAUUACAGCCUUUCAAUCCCACCGGCCUUCAACCAACUCAGUUUCUUCACUGUCCAGCCGGGUGAGAGUUUCCAUGAUGUCGAAGAAGUCUACCACCCGUCAGAGGGAGCAGACAAAGGGGAGAAGAGAGUGCGAAUGGCCAUCAGUGGGUGGUUCCACAUCCCGCAGGAAGGCGAGGAUGGAUACGAGGAGGGCCUCGAGGAAAAGCUGGCCGAGCGGAGCAGUCUUCAGCAGCUGCAGGGUCGAGGAGAUUCUCACGACCUGCCUCAGGCCAAGCCGGUCGCGUACGAGGAUGCGCUGGCGGCUGAAGAAGCCUCGAAAGGGAAAGGAAAGGGAAAGCAGGCCGUUGCGGAAGAAGAUGAGACAGAACUUACCGAGACCGAUCUUGACUUCCUCCUCAAAUACCUCGCUCCGUCCUAUCUCACUCCCGAUAUCGCUGAAGAACUCUCCGAGACAUUCUCUAAUGAGUCGUCUCUUAGUCUGGAGCGCAUCCUCUCUGACAAGUUCGCCGCGCGGGUGCGCUCAUACAUUGAAGAGCAGGAGAAGCAGUCGCUGCCGAAAACUUCCCCCGAGAUCGAGUCCACUACCCCGUGGAAGGUCGCUCGUCCUCCACACAAGCACCGAUAUCUUUUCCAGCAACCAGGGGAGGCGACAGAAGCCGAGAAGUCCCCUAUUCAAGAGCUGCUGAAUGAUCUCCUUCCAUCUAAGGCCUUCCGCAAAUGGCUAUCGCUUGUCACCGGUCUGGAUCAGCUUACUAGCUACAAUCUUCUUGCCCGUCGUUUCCGCCGUGGGGAGGACUAUACCCUAGCUAGCGGAUAUGAUGGUGAAGCCCCUCGUCUGGAAUUUACCCUCGGUCUCACCCCGACUCCUGGAUGGGAGAAGGAGAAUGCUGAGGACGAUGAGGACGAGGACGAGGACCAGGAUGGAGAGGCCAAAAAGAACGGCUCCAAGGAGUCCAAGGAGUCCAAGGAUGGAGAAGCACCAAGUGAGGAUGGUCCCGCUGUGGGUGGUUAUGAGAUCUACAUGGCCGGAGAAGACGAUGAAGAAGAAGAGGAUGCAGAGGGCGAGGAAAAUGCCGACCAAGUCCUGAAGCCCAAGAGGAAGCUGGAUCCGGCCAUCUACAGAGCUGGGGACGAUGAUGAUGACGGUAUUCUCUUCAGCAUGGCCGCCGGGUGGAACAGGAUGAGCAUCGUCCUCCGUGAUAGCGGUACACUCAGGUUCGUCAAGUACGUCAGUGCCGCGGCGAAGGGUGACCGCUGGGACAUUACUGGUGAGAUUGGUGUUAUCUUUGAGGAAGACGAUGAGGAAGAGGACGAUGAGUAA